AUAUUUGAUAUUUGCUUUAGUUUAACAAAUUAAGUCUAAAGAUUAUAUUAUCAACAGAGAAGAUUAAUGACAAACCUUUACUAAAUCUGUUAUCUACUUUUUCAUAAGUAAAAGUAUUUUUUCAAAUACAAUAUGGUAACUGUAAUUGAUCCUAUUUUUUUUGGGCUUUCUUUGUUGUUUUUAAAAUCAACAGUCCUUGGUACACCAUUAAUUAACAAUGAAGAAAUUGAUCCAAAGAGCAUAAAAUUUCUUCUUGACAAAGGUUAUUUAAAAACAACUCAAUCUGAAGUUGGUCAGUUACAGCAGAGAGACAUAAGUGGAGCCAUAAAAAGACUUCAAAGUUUUGCAAAAAUACCGAUAACAGGUCAGCUUGAUGCGCAGACUAGAGAAUAUAUAUCCAAACCAAGAUGUGGAAUGCCAGAUAUCACAAGUAAUUCAAAUAGAAAAAGAAAGAGAAAGUAUCUUCUUCAAGGGACUAAAUGGUUUAAACAAAAUUUAACAUGGGCUGUAGAGAAUGACAACAAUGAUGGUAUUUCACGAACAGAUGUUAGAAACAUCAUGCGUAGAUCGUUUGAAAAGUGGGCAGCUGUCACAAAUCUUAAGUUUAUAGAAUUGGAAAAACGACCAGUGAAUUCUGCUGAUAUUCGUGUUUCCUUUGAAAUAAAAAAGCAUGGUGAUCCAUAUGCUUUUGAUGGCGAAGGUGGAACACUUGCACAUGCAUUUUAUCCACUUGAGAACACAGGUUUAGCUGGUGACUGUCAUUUUGAUGAUGACGAAGUCUUCACAAUAGCAGCUAAUCCUAGUGGAUCUCAAAAAAGUUUAUUAUGGGUGGCAGUGCAUGAAUUAGGACAUUCUAUUGGGCUAGAGCACUCAGAUGUAAGAGGUGCCAUUAUGUAUCCUUGGUACACAGGUUUUAAAGGACAAGAUUUUGAUUUGACAUUUGAUGAUAUUUCAGGAAUUCAAAGCUUAUAUGGUUAUAAAGUUUUACCAACUUUAAAAACUACUUACACCCCGGUUGUUUCAAAAGAUGUUUGCCCAACUUACAUCGGCGCAAUUUUACGCAUAAAAGAGGGGAAAACUGAUAGAACAUUAGUGUUUAAUAAAGAAAAGUAUUAUCGAUUGAAUCACUUAGAUUUUGGUGUAGAAGAUGGUCCAUAUGUGGUUUCCUCAAAAUUUGAAGGAGUAACAUAUGUUGAUGCUGCUUUCACCAUAAAUGAAUUUCAUUACCUCUUUUAUGGUGAUAGUUUUUCAGUAUUUAAUGGCUGGACUUUGUAUAAACCAGCCAGAAAAAUAUCAGAUGGAUUCCAUAACCUAGAGGCUGGUUUUCGUGAUGUGGAUGCAGCACUAGUAAUAGAUUACAGUGUUUACUUUUUUAAAGGUGAAUAUUAUUGGAGGUUUACUUUGCAAAGAAAUGACUAUUUAUUAGACUCUGGCUACCCAAAGAAAAUAGUUGCUAAUUGGUAUGGCUUACCUAAUUAUGUUGAUGCUGCAUUUAAAUGGACUAAUGGAGAAUUAUAUUUUUUUAAAGGUUCUGAAUAUUAUCGGGUUAACAAAAACCGUUUUAAUGUUGAGUACGGUUAUCCAGUUAAGCUCUCAGAAAGUUUUUUGAAAUGUAAUUCUCAAGGAGAUAUAACAAGCAACAGCCAGUCUGCUAAAGGGCAUACAUCUAGUUACUUCGUUCUGCUCAUAACUUUGCUAUUAAUAGAUUGGUUAAUGUAAAUUAGAUAUAUUAAUUACUA